AUGCAGCUUGAGAUUACUGUUAAACAGGCCGUCGGCCUGAAGCACGACGGCCGGCAUUGUGUGGAGUUCUUACUGGAUAACCAUGCUCCCCAGCGCACCCGCUGGGUAGAUGACCUGUACGACACACAGGGGCUCGUGGUUCAGCCCAAGAACUUCCAGUCCAGCAGAUGCACUAUCACCCUGAAGGCUGACAAGAGCGCCUACAAGGACAGCUUUCUGCAUCUGACUCUCUUUCACCAGAGGAACAUCCGGGACGACAAGCGUGCCGCUGAAGCUCACUUGCCUUUUUCUGGCAUGGCUAAUGGAUUCAAGGGCUGGGUGAGUCUCGAGCAUAAGGACAAGUAUGGAGGGAAGCUAUUUCUAGAGGCAAACCUCAAGGAGCCCGCUCCUGCACCUGCUCCUCCCCGACCAAAAGCCGCGGCACCUGUUCUGGACGAUUCAGAGCUUGCAGAGCAGCAGGCCAUCUUGGCAAGCAUCCAAGCCAGCCAGAGACGCUCACAAACUGGCCAAGCUCUGCCUGCGCGGCAGAGCAGCCAGAAUAGCAUACAGAGCCAGAGUCAGAGUCCAUCGGCUUCACCAGCAUGGCCAUGGCCGGACAGCACGAGCACCUCGCAGGCCGCGCGGCCUCCAUCUUGGCCGGACUGGCCUGGCACUGCUUCAGCCGCUUUGCCUCCCAGUACACCCUCCGUGCGGGAGCCAGUCGAAGCGGAUCCGGUCCUGCCCGACUGGCUGCCGUGGCCUCGCUUCAAGGCCGCCUUGCAGGCCGGAAUGCGAGAAGCCCUCAGCCUCAGCUUGGAGCCUCCUCGUGCUUCCUCAAGCGAGCCGAAGGCAACCGGAAGGCGCAAGGCUCUGCUGAUCGGACUCAAUUAUCCAGGCACUUCGGCUCAGCUACGAAACGGCAUCAACGACGUUGAGAGGGUCGCAGCUGUGCUCGGAAGAUUGGGAUUUCCAGAAGAAUGGAUGUUAAAACUAACGGACGAUGCCCCGCGCCGCAGGGCACCGGACGUCGCCCCGACAAAGAGCAACUGCAUCGCUGCCAUGCAGUGGUUGACCCACAACGCUGUACCGGGCGAUGUCUUGUUCUUCCACUUCAGUGGCCAUGCGACGCAGGACGAUGCAGAAGGAAGCGAUGCACUUUGCCCAUCCGACUUUAUGGAUGCUGGCUUUAUAUCGUCCGAGAAGGUUCACGAGACCUUGAUGCGGGGUCUGCCAGCCCAUGUCAGAUUGACGAUGCUCUUGGACUGCUGCAUCCCAUGUCUAUGUCCAGAGUUGCCGCUGCUCUACGAUGUGGAGCAGGACCGAUGGGUUGUCGGCGGCUCUGCAUCCUCCAGUGCUGAUGUGGUAUGUUUUUCAGCAGCCGGCUCAGACAUGACUCCGGAACAGCUAAAUCAGCUCCGCAUGGCAGAGCAUGGCUUCGUUACAAGUGCAUUUCUCCAAGCCAUGCAGCAGUUAGCACAACAAAGGAAGGGGCCGGUGACGUACCAAGAGUUGGUCUCAGAAGCCAGCCAGCACCUCCGACCCUUCGCACAUAGAGCCCUGCAGCUGUCUGUGACGCAGAUGUUCGAUCCAAACGUUCGGACGUUCCGCUUCUUCGAUGCGAUCAAGAGCAAAGCACGGCUGAUGGAGUUUCACAGCUCCAUGGAGUUGACGAUGAUCAUCAACGCUGUGAGCAAGCUUCGCAUCACCGACGAGGAUUUGUUCCGACGAUUUGUGAGCCACACGCAGAGCCGCAUGGGCACAGAGGCUUUCCACGUGCGCGACAUUUCCGUAAUUGUUGGAGCGCUGGCACGCGUGAACUGUGUUGAUGCGACCACCAUGAGCCGGUUUGCGGACGGCUGUGUGCAAACUCUUCCUCAGGCGACGCCUUUGGAGCUGGCUCGGCUCAUGCAUGCCUGCAUGAGCGUGUCCUGCCAUGCGCCGGACUUGUUCACUGCCUGUGUGCUACAGAGUCGUGAGCAGGCAAGCAGCAUGGACCCGAGCGGCCUGUCUGCUGCUGCAUACGCCUUCGGCCAGUGCUUCGAGGUGGCGGAUGUGUCCCAUGUCCGGUACCUGCAGAAAAUCUUCAGACACCUCCGGCUGGCUGCCGUCUCGAGUUUGCCGCUGUUCCUGCCCCGCGAGAUUGUGAGCUUGUUGAAAACCUAUGCUCGAUGGCAGAUCACGUUCGAAUGUGGCCACCUGCGCAAGGUGGCUGAAAGGAUGAUCGCCACCAGCUCCCAGUUCGACCUGGACAGCGCCGUCCCUGAGCUCAAUGGAAUUGUUUUGCAGAAUGUUUGUCUCAGGUUUGCACAACUUGGCGCUGCUGUCCUCCCCGGCUGGAUUGCCAUGCGCAAACUCUUCUUGCUGUCCCGCAGCUGGGCCUUCGUGCGCCUUACCACGCGGCCCUUGAUCCGCCAACAGGCCGAUGUUGGCGCCAUUCUCCGGCGCUUGCCGGAAAGGUGGUCUGGCCGAAGAGUCACCCUGCAUGCUACUGCCGAGGUUACGGAAGAACUCUCAGGACUUCAGGAGUGGAUGGAAGAGGGCGGCGCUCCAUCAGCAGGAGUCCGCUUCGUAGACCUGCCCGGCUUCAAAUUCAGCCUUGUCGCCGGCGAGGGCGGAGUGAAGGCUGGCGAUGUGCUGCUGAGAGUGCCCGCCUCGAUGCAUAUCUCUCCGUCUUCAGUGCGCUCCUCAGCGCUGGGGAGGGCACUGGAGCCCCUGCAGCUGGACGACAGCGCGGUGCUGGCGCUGGGCCUCCUCACCGAGGUGAGCAAGAAGGAGCAAAGCAAGUUCUGGCCCUACCUCAGGAUCUUGCCUGGCGUCAGCGACCUUCACAUUCCCCUGCUGUGGCCAGAGGAGGACCGAAGGCGCCUCCUCGUUGGAAGCCCCCUGGACCUGGCGGCAGAGCAACAGCGCCUCGGGUUGCUGGAGCAAUGGAGCAGCAUCCAGGCGAUGGCCAAAGACGUGCCCGACCUUUCCUCCGAGCUAUCGGAGGAGGAAUGGUUCUGGGCGCAUGCCAUCGUCCUGACACGCGCAUUGCCCUUUGGCAAUGAGCUGUCACUCAUACCCGGCCUCGAUUUGGCCAACCACGAGCUCGGGUCCAACAACACGUGUUCCAUUGGCGUGGCUGCACCAGAUGGUCAAGUGGUUGCGGCCACGGAGGAGGCGCAGCUGGAGGGCAAAGAGCCAGAGGCCGUCCUCAUGGCAGGCCGCGACCACGCAGCUGGAGAGCAGAUCUUUAUCGACUAUGAUGGCGGCGUCGGGCUCCGCCUGGCGUGGGAAAUGGUGCACACCUACGGUUUUGUUCCGAACAACAUGCCUGCCUAUGCUGGCAGGCCUGUAUUCUUCGAAGGAGUGAAGGCAGAGGAUCCCAUGGCCCGGCAGAAGCAGGCCCUUUUCGAGGCUCUGGGUGCGGACCCGGAGGUCUUGCAAGGCUUCUGGCAUGAAGUAAGGCCACUUCGAGCUCAGUGCCGGGCCAUGGCGCCCAAGCUUCGCUUGGCCCACAUGAAGAAGGAGGAUGGGCCCAUAGCUGCGGACCUCGCAGCCUGGAGGGCAGAGCCCAAGGCUACCCUGCAAGCGCUGCAGUCGCCCAUCAGCCAGGACAACGAAAAGAAAGUUGCUGAGCAGGUUUUGAGCACCUGCUCUGAAGCGCUCUCCGAGCUUCCCGCAGAAGAAGAGCUCAAAGACAAAGCUCUCGUCCGGGAGACGGAGAACGAGGAUCCCAUGGAAGUACGCUCUCGCCUGGCGGCUCGGGUGCUCCUAGGCGAACGACUCGCCCUGGAGACCUGCAUCAGCGAAUGGAGUCUGCACAUCCAAAGAGUUGUUGGUGCAUUCGAUUACUCGCUUCUCCCACUGGGCUGCACAACGUCCGUGUGGUCUGCAGCCCGAGCCAAUGAGCUCGACUUGGCAACCUUGCUGAAAGCGGCAGAAGCCGCCGUGGCCUUGGGAGCUGGUGGCCCCGAGCUCCGCGCACUCGUGGCCGGAGCGGCCUUGCGGCGGCAGGGCGAGCUCGACGGGCCCACUGCCUUGGCAUUCUCGGAGCUUUUGGGUCAGCUCGGCCUACAUCCAGAGGACGACUUGAUGCUGGCGCUGGCAGACCUGACGACACCAGCACUUUAUUUGUAUUGA